AUUUAUUCAGUCAAACCACGCUGUAAUUGUGCAACAUGACCGGCAGGGGGCAGCAGCGCCCCUCAGCGACUUUGCAACCGGCAGGCGAAUAGCUGAAGUGACGUCAUCACGCUGGACGCGCGGCGCCGCAGCAGCAGCAGCAUGUCGCUAAAUGGAGAGGAGGAAGACUUCGAGUGGGAACCACCUACUGAGGCCGAGAUGAAAGUGAUCCAGGCCCGCAGGGAGAGACAAGACCAGAUCAGCAAAGUGAUGGGAGAAUACAUGCUCAAAGGAUACAAGAUGUUGGGCGACUGCUGUGACGUCUGUGGGACUAUUUUGCUGCAGGACCGCCGACAGAAGAACUAUUGUGUGUCGUGUCAGGAGCUGGACUCUGACGUUGACAAGGACAACCCUGCCCUCAACGCGCAGGCGGCGUUGUCCCAGGUCAGAGAGCGGCGCCUGGCGGCCCAGGCCCCGGCGGAGCCCGACGCAGCCCCGGUCAGCGGAGACACCAACGUCCGUGUCGGCGGCGGCGCCGUUCCUCUGCCCAGACCGGAGCACUGCGAGGGUGCGGCGGCCGGGGGCAGAGCCCUCCUACCCCCGCCCGUGGCUCCUUCCCCGGCGGCCCCCGUCACUGUCGCCGUCCCCGCCGCCGCCGCCGCCCCUGUCACCCCCUUGGUUGUCGGCCGGCCGGCCCCGGCGCCCGGCGUGUUGCAGGACGCCGAGGAGGCGGUUAUGACCAAACUGCGCUGGGCCAGCAGCCAGCUGCAAAGCUCCUCCUCCUUGGAGUUCAGCAUCCAGCUGUGCAACCUGAUCUCCAGCUGUGCCAACUCCCUGCGCAGCCUCAAGGAGCUCAGCCAGUGACUGACUGACCGCUGAAAGGAUUCCGAGCUCUUUUUGUUUUCCACAUGUAACUUAUUUUCUAUUCUCUUUGUCACAUCUGGCCAUUAAAAUGAUUCCAACGAGGUCUCCAUGGCAA